CCUUAAACAUUUUUAAAAACAACAAUUUGUAAGUUUUUGGAAAGGGUCCCCUUUGCAGCUCUCCAGCUGGCCACUUCUGAAUGCAUAUUUACCGCUGCUUUGCUGUACCCAGCGUAGCAUUUUUUUUUCCCCCCAAGUCAUUUUUAACGGUCAAAUUUGGCCCCUCUUUUCUGUGAAACCAAGUUGAUCUCUCCCCCUCAUUGGGAGGCUCACAGAAGUGGGGCGAGGAAUCCACAGGUGACUAUUCCGAAGUUGCUUAAGCAGUAAAUGUAGUAAGGACGCUGCGCAGGGAUGCUUAUGGGUGUUCUGCCAAACCGUAUAUGCUUACAUAGGAGGCAUAAGCAGAAGGAUGAAAUGCUGAAAAAGUUGUCACUUGAAGAAGACUUCCAACAUAGCAGGAGAGUCCCUUUCGCGAAAGCGCUCAACGUGCGGCUAUACAGUCCUAUACAUUUGUACAUAUGGUAAAUCCUCAAAAGGGACAUAGACCCACCGCAGGAAGGAAUCCCCCAUUACCAGUAGGUAAGAACUAAAUAAUGCAGCAGACACACCACGGGGGAAAGCUCCUAGAUGAACAGGGACGCCUCCAAAAUGAGCAGAGUAUACACGUCCAUCGACUGUGAGUCAACCGUUUUUGACGUAGAAUUUCACCCCAAAUUGGACGUAAUAUGUGCGGGCCUAUUCGAUGGGAACUUAUUAUUAUACAAAUUGAAGGAGGAAAAAAAAAAAUUUGAAAAAAAAUGGAACAUUUGCAACCACAAAAAAACUGUAAGUUGUAUCUCCUUUUCAAGUAAUGGGAAGAAAAUACUAGCAGCGUCGUCUGACAAUAAAUGCUCCCUGACAGACAUCACCGGCAAGUUGAUUUGGACCAACACAUGUCACAAGCAUUCCGUGUGCUCAACUCUCUUUACAAGUGCAAAUACUUUUUUAACGGCUGACGAAACGGGGAUUAUAAAACACUGGGAUGCGAGAGAUGAAUCAAAAAAACCGAUUCACAAAAUCAAAGAAUUUGAUGAUACCAUUUCUAGUAUGGUUUUAAAUGCAGAUGAAAAAUCUGUCGUCGUUUCUUCUGGAGGUUACUUAGCCCAUUUUGAUAUUCUAAAUAAAAAAAAAAUUAUCUCCCAUAGUGUAUCGGAAGAAUAUACGGAUGAAUUUCUGUGCUCCAAGUUACUGGCACAUAAUGCAAAAAUUGUAUGUACCACUAUGAAUGGGAAUAUUACCAUUUUUUCAAAACAGCCUUGGGCUAACAUGGAAGGGAAGAUCAAAGCCAGCAAAGAUAUGAUAAGUACCUUUGUCAAGCUGGAUGAGUAUGCAAUCCUGUUUGGUACAGCUGAUGGGGUUAUAAGGGUUGCUCAUAUUUUACCCAACAAAAUGGGGGACGUCAUUGCCCGGCUGGAAAGUGGCGAAAGCGUUGAAAAGUUAGCAAUUAACAAAAAAAAAAAACUCCUUGCCAGCAUAUCCCACAAUUCUUCCAUUCAUUUUUACCCAAUUCAUGCGGAUAGUUCGCAUAUGUCCGGCAGAAUGGGAAAAAAGAAAAAGUCCUUCUUCCGGGAUUUGUAGUAGGGGAAGGUUUACCCAACAGUCCGCGACUCAAAAAAUUAAGCCAAUUUCGUAAGGCGGUUACAUUUGCUGCCACAUUUGUGCCUGCCAUGGCAGAGCUGCGUCGCAAUUUUUUACCUUAACGAGAGCGCAUAAAAUGUGCUAACAACAGUGGGCAUAUAUUCCAGGGGGAAAAAACCCACCUUACCGUUUGUUCACCAAGAAGGAGCGCAUUACACCGCUUAAAAUUUGUUCCUCCGUUGGAAGCAACCGACUGAGGGAAGCACCGCAAGCUUUCCCAUCUUACCUACCAGUUUGUAGCCACUCAAAUGUGCACAUCUCUGUGGUAAUAUUUGUACACACACACACGCAAGCGCCCUACUACCAUACGUCGUUUCGUACCCGUUGGUGUGUAAUUAUACACGUUAUAUGUGUAAUCCUACCCAUUUGCCUUUUUCCCCCAUUCCGCACAGUCAGCUGCGGUAACCACACAAAAACGCAAACACAUACACACCAAGAUCAGUCGUUUGUAAAUUUUAAAACAAAACCGC